UUGUCAAGCUCUUGCCAAGAAUGUAAGGCCAGUCUAUCAAGGCCCAAGAAGCCACAUGAAACCUUGAGGCCUGGAAAGCGCACUUGCAAUUCUUCGCCCGUGCUGGCUUUCUUCCCUCACUCUUUGGAGAAGCUUGUUCCAUCCACAAGGGUCUCAAAGUUUCAGAGUGAAGGCAGUGAGCCACUGAGCCCAGAGCUAAGGACCAAGUUCAUCAUGGGUUUUGAGGACAUCUAUCUAUGGAAAGACCCCCUGGUGUCGGGUCCCGUCUUUGGCGUCAUCCUGAUCACCCUCAUCUCCACUUGCUACUACUCCACCGUGAGUGUGGUGGCCUAUUCUGGCCUCUUCAUCCUCGGCACCAUGGUGGGUCUCAAGCUUUACGUCUAUGUCAUGAACAAUCUCUUGAAGAAGAACGUUGAAGAUCCCAUCCAGAAGUACUCGAGCGUGGACACCUCCAUUUCUCAAGAUAAGGUAAACAGUGUGGCUUCGUGUAUGGGCGACAAGCUGAACACGGCCGUGACCGAGAUCCGUCGUUUGGUCUUGGUGGAGAACAUGCUGGAUUCGGUCAAGUUUGGUCUGUCCUUGUGGUUUCUCACCUACAUUGGCAAUUGGUUCAAUGCCAUGACCUUAGUUAUCCUUGCCUGGGUGGCGCUUUUCACUGUGCCUAAGGUGUAUUUGAAUAAUAAGGCUGCCAUUGAUCCCAUCCUGGAGAAAGUUAAGGUUCAAUUGGAUGAGCUCCAAAGCAAAGUGGGUGGAUUCAUGCCCAAGAAAGCAGCCGAGGCUAAGAAGGAGGAAUAAAUCUGGGGCCGGUUCUGCUUACUCCAAAACUAUAGGUUCCCUUUCUCCUGGGAAUUGUUUUGUCUCAAGUCGUUUUCUAUUACACCAGCGAAUGAACUAGAAAAGAAAUCGAAGAAUCAUCCUUUUAGCCAGAUUUUCCAAUGACGGGCAUUGUUUUCCUGCUCUCUCUGAAAUUACUCAUGAAACCACUGAACUUAACCUCUUCCAGACAACAAUAGUGUCCGCCAUUUUCGAACUACCCUCUACCCUUUUUUUCAUCUACGAUUUCUUUUUGGAAAGGCGCCAAUUUCAAUGCCUUGAAUCCAGGUCGUCUACGGUUGUAAACACCACGCACUGUCGCUCGUGUUUUACAUUGGCCAAAAUGACAUGCACGUCUAGCAUCGUAUUCAUUAUUACCAUCAUCAAUAUCAUCAUUGUUAUCACCAUCACCGCCAUCAAGAAAAGCCACUACUUUCCCAAGCUUCGUGUAUGCGAGUGUGUGCGUGUGGAUUUUUGUCUUUCGAAUUCAAGUGAGCGUGUGUUUGAAUGUAAAAGCUCGAAAUCAUCUAACCCACCUUAAUUAUGAAUAAUCACCGAUUUUAUUAUUACAUGUACUAGUGUACCACCCAAAAGUUCAUGAGCGUGAUAUUUGUACUCGAACAAGACAAAACCAAAAAGGAAUUAAAAAAACCGCCAAACUUG